CCGGCUGUGGGAUGCAGGAACGAUGCAGCCAAUUGGUGAGCCCUUUCGGGGGCAUACUUAUUCAGUCAACUCAGUCUCGUUCUCUCCGGACGGGACUCGCAUCGUUUCUGGUUCGCGUGAUGGGACUGUCCGGCUGUGGGAUGCAGGAACGCAGCAGCCAGUUGGUGAGCCCUUGAAGGGGCACACUGAUUGGGUCUAUUCGGUAUCAUUCUCACCAGAUGGAACUCGCAUCGUUUCUGGUUCGAUCGAUAUGACCGUCCGGCUGUGGGUUGCAGUGGCGGGACAGCCAAUUGGGCAGCCAUUGCGGGGGCACACGUCUUCGGUCACAUCUGUGUCGUUCUCGCCGGAUGGUACUCGCAUCAUUUCUUGUUCAUUCGAUGGGACCGUCCGACUCUGGUAUGCGACGAUUAGGAAGUCAUUGCAGAACCACGGCGAAGAAGACCGUUCAUCAUCCUCCCCGCACAGCAGUUACAUCCCACAUUCAAUAGCGGCCAUCCCCACAUUCAACGCUGCGAACGAUGCCUUCAUUUGUUUCUCAUCCGACUUGACUCAUGCACUCUGCGACACUGCUGAGCUACUCGCACGCACCCCCCUUGACGACCACACAUUUGUGCUGGGAGACGAUGGAUGGGUAUUGGGACCCAAUGAACAGCUCUUAUUCUGGGUACCACCUGGUUCUCGAGAACCGUUUUAUAAUUCCCGGACUGCAUUAGUGGUACCUAGAGGUGGUGUUGAGCUUGAUUUGAGUCAGAUGGCACAUGGGACACGCUGGCAGCGCUGCUGCAAGGAAUCUUGAAUACGAUUUUUUGAUUUGCGGAGAUGCCUGAGACACUUCGUCGAGUACGAUAUGCAGUGAACAAUUAAUCUAUUGUCUAUUAUAUACGUAACAUUGGAUUCGAGUCUGCUAUAGUACUUCUGAGCGAACGUCAUUUUAACUGAGUGACAGAUUUUUCAGGGCGGGUAGGCAACUUCACAGCCUCAGACCCAGCAGGUUCGGGCGCCUGCCAUCCGAACCCAGUAGUAUGAAUGUGAUUAUGUAUAGUGAAAAUUAUAAUGUAGGCUGC